AUGAUGGCUUGCCGGCUGACCGGCGUGCUUCGCCGAGGCGCAGCAACGGUUUCCGCUCUGGCCGUCGUCUUGUUCCUCGUCUCUCAUUACUCCAAGAGGAGCCGACGACGGCCUACAUCUCCAGGCGCGUGCGGAUCGCCCCCCAUCGGCGACAUCAUGUUCUCCAUGGAAAAGGUUCGAACUUACGCGGGGCCAAGAAUGGAAAUCAGGACGACGCCCCCAAGCGUCGAGCCGUCCUCUUUGUUCCCGCCGCCAGCUGCGGAAGAUACGUGCGAGAGGUGGGCGGUGCUGGCAUCCGCAGACGAGCCAACCGACGCGGUGAAGCAGCUAGCAGAACUGGGCGAAUGGUGUGUAGUGGUUGUCGGCGACAAAGACGGACCCACGGAGUACAACGUGGUGGGAGUGGUACUCCUGACCCCAAGCGACCAAGAGGCGUUGCCCUACCGCAUCACGGACCUGAUUCCGUGGAACCACGUUGGCCGGAAGAACAUCGGGUACUUGUACGCGAUUCAUCAUGGAGCGAAGGUAAUCUACGAUGUGGACGACGCUCACGUUCUCAUGCGCCCGGAAGAAGGCGUGCCUUUCGCGGAAACCUCGUCGGCCGAGCACGAGCUAUCGUUCUUUUCGAGGCCCUCCACAUGCGUGCACAACCCCUACCCUUGCUUCGGCGCCUCCGGGGUCGUCUGGCCCAGAGGGUUUCCCCCCGCCAAGAUCCGAGACAAGAGUUCGUCGAUGUGCGGCGUGGUCAUGGGCGGUGGCGGGGCCGGCGAGCAGCGCGUCGGUGUGGUGCAAGCCCUCGCCGACAAUAACCCGGAUGUUGACGCGCUCUACCGCAUGACGUGCGCGCCGAGAGGGUCGCCGCUGAGCUUCGUCGAAGAGUCUCCGCCCCUGCCGGGAAGCUCGCUGCGCCUAGUCCCCGCCUGGACCUUUUCGCCGUACAACGCAAAGGCGACCCUCCACUUCCCGGUUGCGUUCUGGGGAAUGCUGCUGCCGGUGACCGUGCACGAGAGGGUCAGCGACAUCUGGCGCAGCUAUUUCACACAAACGCUGCUCCCGUCUGCCGGGGCAGUGGUCGGCUUUGCCCCUCCUUGGGUUACGCGGGAGCUGGAAGGCCCCAACAGCUACCGGGAUGACUUUCAAGCCGAGCUCCCACUGUACGAACAGAGCGGGGCGCUUGUAGAUUUUCUCCUCCAGUAUCGACACGCCGUCGAAGACGAAGCCUCGGCGCAGGCCUCUCCCGAGUCGCAGGCUUCUCGGAUUGAGGCCCUUUCUGUGACAAUGUACGAGCAUGGCAUUGUUGAGGGUGACGACGUCGCGCUGACACAGGCUUGGCUGAAAGAUCUCCGGGAUGUGGGCUAUGAUGGUUUGGAGCAGGUCGAACGCCAAAAAAUAGCCAUUGAUGAACAAGCACCAGCACCGGCGAAAGGCAGGUUGGCCGGACGGAGAGAAGCGGACAAGUCCUCAGUGUUGUCCGAGAGAAGCGGGACAACUCUUCCUGUGCCUCACGUAUUGCUGGUCAUCGCCGUAGUCUCUGCCAGAUCGGAGAGGCGGGAUGCAAUAAGGGCUGGGUGGUCGGCGUGGGGAGAUGAUCGCGUUGAGCUACGCUUUUUCACGGAGGCGCCGGCCGGGAGCGGUCCCGACUCUCAGGCUACCUCAGCCGCCCUGGAAGAGGAAUCGGCGGUCCACGGAGAUCUAGUCUUGAUGGACAUCGAUCCCGGGAUGAACUUCGCCCUGAAGCUUGUGUGGGCGAUGCGGUGGAUGUCAAAGCAGUUUUCGUUCGACUUCUUCCUCCGCUUGGACGACGACUAUUUUCUGUGUCUUGGGCGCCUCCUGGACGAGCUGGACGCGACCCUUGCUGGAGCAGAGCAGCCACUCAACAUCUACGCCGGACACCGGUAUUGCGAGGUUUGGGGGAGGGCGAGGAUCGAUGAGGCAUACCUCCUGCUGUCGUCUGCGUUGGUGGGGCGGGUGUUGUCUGCCCCCGAUCUAGUGUGCAGUGGUCACGCAGGAGUCACUGCCGCGUGGUGGUUCACGAAAGGCAACCCCCUGAACCGAAUGGGAGAUGUUGAAUGGGUGCACGAUCCCCGGCUGGACCACGAGGGUGACCUGCUCCUUGACUCCCCGAAAGAACAGUAUCCCGACGUGUGUACGACGCACAUGGGCGUGCACCACGCCUACCCGGACUCGAUUGCCGAGCUAUGGGAGGGAGCAAAGGGGAAGUCUGGCGCUGGAACCGACUCAUUGUUUCGCUAUGUGGAUGACGGCGCUUGUGGGAUGGUGCGUGCGGGCAUCGAUCGCCCGUACUUCGACUUGGAUCACCCUCAGCCGUGUGAUGCUUUCAAGUCCGACGAAGACGCAAUGUUUUGCGGGCAUGAAGGAUGCUGAGAUGCCGCUCGGUCGCCAGUCGUGCAUCGAGGCGACUGCAGCGUGCUGCAACGUGUUAAAAAGCAUGCGUUUAGAAAUAGGUUGUUGUUUGCGUUGACUAUAUAGACGACUUGCUGUUGGUUUUUAAUCAAUAUUUGUAUGGAAUACAUGCGAUGUUUUCCUCGCGGAUGAUGUUCGAAAAAUUGGAUGUGG